AAAUCGCUUGUACUACCCGGCUGUCAACAAGAAUUGCCCACUUGUAUUGACUCAUCGACAGAUGAACCCGCCUCGGGGCCCAUGCAUGCCCAACCGCCCAAUCUGCGCCGUGGACGAAGUAUGUCCAAUGCGCGGUUUGAAGAGAAACAGAUUGCCGGUGUUCUGCCCACCUCGACCACUGGCCCGGGCGAUCAUACUCGACAACCCGUCAGUCGUCCGUACUCAAAUCCCACGUUACAGGAGCAUGUUCCAUCGUCCAGCUCGUUAUCGGGUAUCUCUGCCGACAGUCCGGGUGAAGAAGGCUCUUCCUCGGCUUCAGAUCCAGCUCUAGUAGGGCAACCGAAUGUGAGUCAUGCUCAGUUGAUUUCACAACAGAACUAUCUACAACAACAACAGCAACAACACAUGCUUGCUCAACAUUCACAAGCCCAACGCGAUUAUGAGCAGCAGCAGCAGCAACAACAACAACAACAACAGCAAUACCAUCAACUCCAAGCUGCUCAAUCACGUUUAGCAGCUGGAAUGGGUCCUCCCUACGGGACACGUCAUCCCCAAUUUCGUCCCAUGACUCCAACCGGGGCUUACUACGCCACGGAUGGGUCUAUGACAGGCACGUUGACUGGCUUCAGUCGAGCUCAAUUCCUUGUUUCUCCAGCUCCGUCGCCCACGCCGAGCAAAAAGAAAUCACGUAUGCUAUCCGGUACAUUGGGUCGCUUUUUCAAACGAAAUCAGUCAAAUGUAACUGGGGAUAUGCCUGCGGUACCGAUUCCCUCCUUCUCUCCUAGUCUAAAUCCGAACCCGUACCAAUCACGUCCACCAGGCACAGGUGCCUACGGAUCCCCAUCCCGAAUUGGGACCCCGAUGGGACAACUGAGACAUCCGCUUGGUCCGGGAGUUGGACUACCACCACAUGCACUUCGUCCGCAAAUGCAGGUGACCGGAGCGCAGCGCUACUCCCCCAUGACCCAACAGCAGCUAUUCCAACAACAACCACAACAACAACGCAUGUUGCAGCAACAGCAACAAUUCCAACAAUUGGGUCAACAACGCCCUUCCCAAAUGGGAAUGCAGUACGCUCCCGAUGACAGCGGUAGCAGUGCAUCCAGUCAACAAGGUGGCUCCAUUUCUCCGUAUCCGUCAGUUUCAUCAAAUGCCGGGAGUUCCAUGGCUCCCGCGGAUAACGGUAUGAGUUCCGCCCAGUCCGGUCUGACAAGUCCUGCACUCCUUAUGGAUCAUACUAACGGAACGAAUAUGAUGGGCCCGACCGGAUCGAAUUUACCCACACCAAUCCCUGAAGAACGACGGAGAUGGAAGAAGGAGGAAUUGCUCGAAGGUGCUAUGAUGGCCAGAUUACCGUUUGCUCAGUGGAACGGUCCAACCGUGGUUGCUUGGCUAGAGGAGAUUCAACGUGAGAUUGGAAUCAGCAAUCCUUUACAUCGGCUCAAAUUGCGUCUGGCCAUUCAGGAAAUGUUGGCUCUCACUUCUCCCACCCCGAUGCCAAAACCGAGUACAAGAAAAAAACGCCGCGAAUGUGAUUGUAUGAAAACGGUAGCUACUAAUUGUGAUAAACAGCGCGGUGUGUUCUCAGGCCUCCUGGCCACACCGACCACUGCUAAACAUGCAUACUAG